AUGUGUCACCACAACAGACCUGCCAGGAAAGGGCCGCCCCCCAAAACUCCGGGACCAGGCAAGGAGGGCAUUAAUCAGAUGCCAGGUUUCGGGAUGUCCACUCCAGUGACGGUAGCAGGGAAGGUGUUCCUGAUCUUCUACGGUCUCCUCGGCUGCGCCGCCACCAUCUUGUUCUUUAACCUCUUCCUGGAACGCAUUAUCACCCUCCUGGCCGUGGUCAUGAAGGCCGUGAGGGAACGGCGCAUUCGGAACUCUGGCCUCCUCCCGCCGGGUAUUCGCCAUGACUUCUCAGCGUGUUCUUUCCCGGGGUGGAAGCCGUCGGUCUACCACGUCAUGUUGAUCCUGGGGCUAUCCGCCAUCAUCAUCUCCUGCUGCGCCUCGGCCAUGUACACCCCCGUGGAGGGAUGGGCCUACCUGGACUCACUCUACUUCUGCUUCGUCACAUUCAGUACCAUCGGCUUUGGGGACCUGGUGUCGAGCCAGAGAGCGGACUAUGAGUACCAGCCGCUGUACCGUCUGGCCAACUGCCUGUUCAUCCUCAUGGGCGUGUGCUGCAUCUACUCUCUGUUCAACGUCAUCUCCAUCGUCAUCAAACAGGUGCUCAACUGGAUGCUUCAGAACCUAUGCUGCCAGCGGUGUAAAAUCAAGUCCAACUCUUUCCCAUUGGGUCGCCGCAACGCCAUCCGGCCUGGUUCGAGAAUCCGUAAAGGUCGCUUCCGAAUCAAACGCACGCUGGACUCGGGGGAUUCGGGACCCUACGAAAGAGACAUGGAGGGAGGAGGACGCAGACUCUCGGGAGAGAUGAUAUCAAUGAAGGACCUGACGGCCUCGAAUAAGGUCUCACUGGCACUCAUGCAGAAGCAGUUAUCAGAGUCCGCUAACGGUUAUCCAAGAACAGUGUGUGGGGGCUCGAGACAUAACGGAUUCUCUGGAGGAGUGGGCGCUCUGGGGAUCAUGAACAACAGGCUGGCAGAGACCAGCAACUCCAGGUAG